AUGUCUCUCCCCACUAGCCCUCAAGCAGGCUCCCCGGGCAGCCGCCCUAGCUGGCAGGAUCAACUUCAGGUUCCGAGCUUGACAGCGGAUGCUGAUUGCCCUUGCGUCGGAAAUGCAGGAGGUCGGACCGCCUGGUCGAGUACCGUCACCGUUCAAGGCCAGAACAUCGCCGCCCGCUACUGGUACGAUGGCCAGUACAUCAACAAUGCCAAAGAGGACGCUGCCGAAGUCGCUCUGAAGACGCUGAACCAGCAGCCCCGAUCCUCCACCGUCUAUCCAGGUCAAUUAUUCCCUCAGCAGCCGGCUGCUGGAUUUGGCCGGGGCACCGGCGGGUUCUGA